CACACACACACACACACACUCACUCACUCACUCCAUAUGUGCUCAACACCUCCAAAAAUCUUCAACGUUGCAACCACAUCGUGAUAGUGGCCCCGAAGCGAUGCGAGGAUUAUUGUAGGGGCUAGGCUUCCCCACAGACAAUAACAAUAUUACCGUUUUCAACUCGGUAUUCCUGCCCUGGCAUACUCGGCAAACCUGGAUUGAGAUAAUCAGCAUCGCGUUUGCCCCAUGCACCCACCACCUCCACAUACUAUAGUGGCAGCGUCUUAUUCAUGAUCGUCGAUGGCGGGCGAUGUGCACAGGGGAAGAAAAAAGAACACGACUAGCACCCUUGCGCCGACAUAACAGGUGGAGAAUUGUUUGUAUACAGUGUUGAAGUCCUCUGGCGAGGCAAGCCUUGCAAAAAAAAUGGGUCACCAAAUUUCGCUCAUUUCCGUUCCCAAACAACCAUCCUCAUCCCGAGGAAAUUACAACUCCAUGGUGAGCGAGUGGUCUACCACCACACACGAUAGUCCCGCGUCCCUGGUUGUCCAACAAGAACAACAACAACAACAACAACCACCGGCAAUGCUCGUCCCAAAGUACACCUACACGGGACCGGUGGACCACACGAUCCCCACGGACCGCAGCCGAGCGGCGGGCAAGUCGGUCAUCGUGACGGGCGGCGCCAACGGCAUGGGCGAGGCCUGCGUUCGCGACUUUGUGCGGGCGGGCGCCUUUGUCACCAUAGCCGACUGGGACGAGGCGCGCGGCCGCGAGCUCGAAAAGGAGCUCAACGACCCCGCCGCAGCAGGGGAGGAGGGUGCCAACGACGUUUGCGUCUUCGUCAAGGUGGAUAUUCGCGAUUGGGAUCAGGUCAAGGCCGUUUUCGAGACGGCCAGGACGAGGAGUCCCAGCAAAAGUGUCGACGUCGUCCUGGCCAACGCGGGCAUCAGUAGGACUUCGGGGGAUAGUUUAUGGACGCUGCAUGAUCCAAAUGGCGACGUCACAAAACCUGAUUUGAAUAUCGUCCAGGUCAACCUAAUAGGAACACUGUACACGUGGAAACUAGCAGUGCACUACUUCCGGAAGCAACCCGAGUCAGAAGACCGUGACCGCUGCUUCAUCAUCACGGGAAGCUUGGUGGCUUACAUUGACUCGCCGGCCAACUGGGAGUAUACAGCAACCAAAUACGGCCUCCUCGGUUUUAUGAAAACAGCCCGCCGUAGCAGCUGGGAACAGGGCAUCCGCAUCAACUACGUCGCACCCUGCUACAUCCGCAGUGCGAUCCGAAGCCCUGAAUACGAAAAGUCUUUGACGGAUAGGGGGGUUACCUUUGGUGAACAGGAGGAUGUUGCGGCUUGUAUGAUGCGGAUAGCAUGUGACCGGUCCAUCGAUGGUCGCUCGCUCAUGAUCGUCCCCCGAUCCAUAGCCAAAGAGGGUUUUAUGGAUAUUGAUAGAGAAGACUUUCGGGACACGGAGAAGGAUGCGUACCUGAAGCAGACACAAGAGACACAGCUGGUCAUUAUUGAAGACAAGUGGCGGGAUGACUACACGGUGCCCAAGUAUAAAUAAGAAGAGAGCCUAAGGCUGUCUAGAAUAAUAACAAAAAAAAAAGAGAAAAAAAAAAAGAAAACAGGGCCCGCC